AAAGAAAAUAAAUAAAGCUGGUUGUUAAUGCUAAGCAUAGGGAAAAUACUGAAAGUCAAAAUCGUUAAAUUUAGUCGAGAGUGUUUACCGUGUAUAUUUAAAAUUGUGAAAAUAUUAAAAUACACCUGAUUUCAUGAAUGGUGGUCAGACUAAAAUAAAGAUGAUGUGACCAAGGUUGUAAACAGGCAUGCCAGACAGAGCACAGCGUCUUUUGUCAGUGCGCAGUUGGACUGGUAAGGUGGCUUUAUUGCUGCAAAUUUAUAGCCAGUGGUAAGACUGGAAAUUCGACAUGUUUGGGGAGAGAAAGGAAUUUGACGUGACAGCAGCUGCCAACAACGAGCCAGAGUUCAAGAUGACGAUGGCACCACCCCCCGACGUCAGCGAAGACAAUAGACAUAAAUCAGAAGUGGCGACGUCCGUGUCGGUCUCGACCAUUGAUCUCGUCGAAGAGAGCUCAGACACUUCCAGAGUAAAAAUGCUGAAGCUGUGCGAGCAGCGGUGGUGCGCGCGGCUGGUGCGCGGGCUGUCGCUGUCUCUGCUGCUGGGCGCGGCGUGGCUGCUGCUGGUGGCGGAGGCGGGCGCCGCGGCGCUGCCCCCCGGCGGCCCUCUGUACGCGCUCGCGCUGCUGCUGGCCGCCUCGCAGCUGGCCGCGCUCGCCGUCACCUGCUUGCGCCUGCCCCCGCUGCUGGGCUCGCUCUUCGCCGGGCUGCUGCUGCGCAACGUGGCCGCCGUCCAGCCCCAGGGCCUCUACACGCUCAUCGCCGCCAUCGUCAGGAAGGCGGCGCUGACGGUGAUCAUGACGCGGGCCGGCCUGGGUCUGGAGGCGGGCGCGCUGCGGCGCCUGAGCGGCGUGGUGGCGCGGCUGGCCCUGCUGCCGUCCAUCACCGAGGCGGGCGCCCUCGCCGUCGCCACCUACUACCUGCUCUCGCUGCCCUGGCUCUGGGGGCUGCUGCUCGGAGCGGCGAUGGCGGCGGUGUCGCCCGCGGUCGUGAUCCCGUGCCUGUUCGCGCUGCAGGAGCGCGGCUACGGCACCAAGAAAGGCAUCCCCACACUGGUGGUGGCGGCCGCCAGCGUCGACGACAUCUUCGCCGUCUCCAUCUUUGGAAUAAUGAUCAACGUCAUCUUCUCUGAAGGAAACCUCACCAUGAAGAUUAUUGAAGGACCUCUCGGAAUUAUUAUUGGCCUCGCUUUCGGUAUUGCCUGGGGCGUCAUUCUGUACUUCUUUCCAAAGCCGGAAGAUAGGUUCUGCGUGUCGCUGCGCACGUGGCUGCUGUUGGCGGGCGGUCUGGUGUGCGUGCUGGGCUCCGAGGCGGUGGGCUACAACGGCGCGGGACCGCUGGGCGCCACCGUGGCGGGCUUCGUGGCCGCCGCUGGCUGGCGCAGGCAGGGCUGGCCCCAGACCAGCCCUGUGUCACAGUCCUUCAAAACAAUCUGGGCAUUCUUCCAACCAGCGCUAUUUGGCCUCAUUGGUGCGGAGAUCAACCUCUUUGAGCUGGAAGGGGAUCGCGUUGGACUCGCCAUAGCGUGUUUGGCUAUUGCCCUCACGUGCCGAAUCCUCGUUUCCGUCGUCAUUGCUUUCGGCGCUGGCUUCAACGUCAAGGAGAAAACGUUCCUGGCGUUUGCAUGGUUGCCGAAGGCUACUGUUCAGGCGGCACUGGGACCAGUGGCGCUGGACAUAGUGCGCUCGAUGGUGCAGCCAGAUUCAGAUCAGCUGCUGUGGGCACGAACCGUGCUCGAGGUGGCUGUCCUCGCCAUUUUGCUGACUGCACCCAUUGGAUCUGCUCUCAUCAUGCUGCUGGGGCCACGUCUUCUUCCACUAGAUGCUCAACGUCCUGUCUGAGGUUACCACAAGAUUGAGUGUGUGGCGAACCACACACACCUAGAAGGAGGCCAUAAGGGUACAAGAUGAAGACAAGACUAGGCUUGGCACAAUGUGAAAAUAACAUGGAUUGCACCUUUCUGAAUGUGGGAGUUCUGUCUUACACAUGCUAUGGUUCGUUUCUCAAACAGUAUGAUGAGUGCUGUUAUAAUUGAUUUCUGACAGAUACUGUCCAUCAAUGGACAUUUGUGCUAGAGGAAGUACAGGUGUGCCAGCUUCAUAUAUGUAAUGAGCUAGCAAGAAUUGUAUAAUGUGAUAAGGGAUUUAUUACACAGUAUGUUUUAGGCGGGGAAGCAGCAAUAAAAAUAUGCUGUCUUUCAAUAAACUUGUUAUAGAUUUCUGACUGUAUUAUCUUGUAAUAAGGACACAUUUUUUUAACAACUGACACAUGUCACUUUCAUUAGGGUUUGUACCAUUUUAACUCUCACAUAAUAAUUUUUAGCGUAUUUCAGCUGAAAGGACAGUGAUCUAGUACUAUUCAUGGUCUAAGAAAUCCACUUUACAUUUUGUCUUGAAGAGCAUCCAAGAUUCUUUGAGCAAAAUAUGUAGGAAAAACCUUUAGGGACAAAAUAAACUCUAAAUUACUUGGAGCUUGCCACGAAUUGGGGAAAAUGAAGCUAACUUUCUCAUUUCAAACGAAAAGUUUGUACAAAAUUGGCAUUGUUAAAUAGAGAUCUUAAUAAUGAACUUUCUUUUGUUUCAAAAUAUGCUGAUAUAAUCAAAAAGAGAUCUUGCUGCUAAUGAACUGAACAGUAGUGAAGGAAUGAAAAAUAAAUUUCAUUAAAUAAUAGAUGUGAUUAAAUUACAGACAAUGUAUUUUCAUCUCGCACUUUUAAUUUAAUGGUGAGUAGUACUUGGAAUUUCUCCAAUAGAGAAUCAUGGAUUUAUGGAGUUGCUACAUGACUUCCCAAUAGCACCUUCCUUGUUAAUAUGAGUGCAACAAGGUGGCUGGUUGUCUCGUUUUUGCAUAGUACAUGGGUGUAUCUAAAAGCAGUUUUUUCUGGUCAAAACUUUUGUGAGUAGGAAGAAAGUUACUAGUGGCAUAGCCAACCCAGUCAUCAAGGUUAACUUCCUUUGAUAUUUUUUUCUUAAGUGGGGCAUGUGGGCUAUGGAUCAAAGAACAGCAUUCUACAGUGAUAAAUGAAAUGGAAGAGCGAUUGUGGGAGUAUGCAGGUAAUUGCUUGCAGUAGACAUACAUAUUAUACUUUGUGUACAAAGAUGAGGCAUAACUGUCUUUAGAACAAUGUGUAGCAUGAUUUGUGCAUCUCUUGUAAAACAUUGAAAGCAGUCAAAACGAAUUCACCAAUGAUUUAUAACCAUAACUUUUUUUCUGAUUUAAUAUACGAAUUUGCAGACAAAAUGACAAAAGUAUGUGUAUUAAAAAUGCAAACUGAAUGAAAAUCUUUUUCCUCAUCACAGAAUUAAACACUUAUUUGUGAGCAACUCCAUUAUCCUUAAAGAUUUCUGUGUCUUUCUAUUUUGCUCAAUUCACUAUGGCCAAAAAGUUUUAUUAAUCUUAUUACCAGAUCACCACAAUAUAUCAAAAAUAUUCAGAGUACAUUCAGAUUUGAUCUUGGUACUGAAUAACUUUAAUUUUUCCCAUUUUUUUGUGUGAAAAUCUGAAGCUGUGCUUAUUUUCUCGAAUUUGCGUUAGAUGUCAAGCAUGAAGGGUUUGCAAUUCAAACUGUCCUUAGAGGUCCACCUGAGACAAUUAUGAAGAGACAUUUCAGUGAAGGUCAUCUGGAAUAGUGGACAAAACCUUUUUUUAUGUUGUCACAAAUUCUAAAGAAUUUUACUGAUAUGACUCCAGAUGCAGAAGUUCACAAACAUACUUAAAUUACAGUUUCAUUGGUUCCUGUGAUAGUGUUAGCUGAAACAAACAAUGAUGGGAAUGCAGUUCAGAUAGGUGCAAAGAGUCAUUUUGUUCUUAACAUCAGGUUUUAUAUACUAACUUAAACUAUGUCAUCUGAUUCAGUAUAAUUCUGUGGGACACUAGUCCUACAAGAUAAUAAUGUAACAGACACUUAGCAAUAAAAAGAAAAUAUAAAAAAAUCUUAUAAAUUUGAAAUGCAGGACUUGACUGUAAAAAUGUACAUUGUAGACACUAUCAGAUUUAUGACUUAUAAAAAUAUUCAUGAGUGGAAAAUUGUACUUCAUUAUAUUUUCUGUUACGCCCAGAUUCACAAGACUAUAUUUGCUAGCAGGCCCAUAUUAAUGGAUGUGUAUAGAACAUGUGAAAUGUAUGCACACACACACACACACACACACACACACACACACACACACACACACACACACACUGUAGGAGACACAGACCAUUUACACAAAUUUUCAUUUAUGGAAGAUUUUUGAAGUCAGUUUAAUGUCAAUAAACAAAUUCGUAACUUCUGAUUGAUUUUGUAGAUAACUGCUGUAACAAAACUAUUUGUCACUAUAAAACGUUUAGAAAUUUUGCAUUUGAUAUACAGAAAUGAAUUAAUGUGCCUGUUACAAAUAUCAAAUUACUUAUAACUAAAUAAGUCAAUACUUUAUAAUCAGAUAACAAAUUUCAUAACAAUUUCUGAGAUGUACCUUCACCCAGACAUUUACCAAUAUAUAAAUGAGAAGCAAUACAAUGUUACUCCAUUAUUCGGCCAGCAAAGCAUAUAUGUAUUUCUUCACUUAGCAAUAAAAAACCUAUCUCGCCUUUUUAACUACAAAUAUUUAGUGAACAUCUGACUGGUGUUCCAAAUGUGUUUUCCUUAUUUAAGAAUUUAAGAAUUCACUUCACACUAUCGAACUUUGUCACCAAAUUGCAGAGCUGAUUUAGAUAGUUCGAUGCUUUAAUCAUAAAUCACUGCCUACCUUACUCAUUGAUGUAAUUCGCUUCUAAAGCAAAUGUGAAAGUAAUUAAAUUUUGAAUAUGAAUUUAACUGAGUUAUUUGGUUUAAAGAAAUAACUAUACUUUUACUGAACUGUUUACUUACUUUUAAUGUUAACUUUCUGCAAACUCAAACACAAGAUGGAUAAGUCAACUUUAUUUAUUUAUAGCUUACUAGUUAAAAUGGAUACUUUUAACGUGAAAUGGAACCAAAAAAGUUAUUACAUUAUUAAUCAUUUCAGUAUUGAUCUGUUAUAAACAACACUUUAAAUGAAAAGUUUUUCCAGCAAACUUAAUUUAUAAAUAGGUGACCAUUGACGACAUUUAUUGUUCUUUAGCUCUGAGAGACAAUUUUGUUUCAUGUUCUUAAAAUAUUUGUGACAAAAAGUAAUUGUUGUAAGUGCAAAAUUUAAAGAAGGAUAUAUAUCCUUCUUUUGCACUUACAAUAUAUAUAUAUAUAUACUCAAUAUGGGAAUUUACUUGAAUAUUGGAAUCAGGAAAUUGUUUAGGUAAAUAACAAUUUCAAACCAUUAGUUUGAAAUACUCUAUUAUUCAGAUCUGCAUCACAUAUUUGGCAAUACUCACUGAACUAUCUGUACUAAAUGUAAGGUCUUCCACUUGCCUUGAACGUUUAGAUGGUGAGUUGCUGUUGAGAGGAUGUAGCAGAUGAACGAUUCUUCACAUUGCAGUAUGGUUGCAUUUAUCGAAACGAGCCACUGUGCCUCUGGCAGCUAUUGUGCCCUUGGCAGCUGCACCCACGCUCGCCAUCCAUAUUAAUUAAGAACCUCUUGCAUUCCACAACUUAAAUGGUGGAGAACACUUUUCCACAUCAUUUGCUACUACCACUUUCAACUAUUAGCACUGGCUACACUGAUUCACCAUUCUCAAAAUCACUAGCGAAAUGCGACUCACCCCCGCGCCCUCUGCCUUUCUAUGAGCAACUGUCUUUUCUCUCACUUUGCACACGAAAUGGCUGUGCAUGGUCCCCUUGUAAACCAAAAGGAAAAACCAAACUGUAUACCCUCCCUAAUGGCAUUUAUUUAUUUCUGUUAAUUAAAAACUAUUAAAUAUUAGAGAGUUUCAGUCAGUUUCAAUUGAAAAUCAACUUAAAACUGCUAAUAAUUGGUGGAGGGUAUGUGUGCAUUUAAAUGCUUUGCAUGACAUAACUUUCUAGCAGUCAAGAAUUACCGUGCAUCACUGGUAUGAGAAAUUUCUCUUAGAAAAUGUGAAACAAAUUAUAAAAACCACCGCAUAUACAUUCAGAUUAUGUUAUAAGUCGAUAUCUGUUUUUCAACAGCUACAAGAGCAGCCAUGACAAUUCUGCACUUGCAUGCCAUUGAAGUCAGAAUAACAUUGGAUGGUAGCAGUUGAAGCAUAGUGGUUUGAAACAGGUGAUCCUUGGAUCUUUUCCAAUGACAUUUCUCUCAGCGUUUACUGCUGCCCAUCCCACUGUUGUAUACUGUGAUACAGUCAGAGAAAAUGCUGGCAAGCAGAAUCCUCAGUUGGUGCCAGAGACUCGGUGCUGAGAUCUGUUCUGAAUGCUGAUUUUAUGUAGCUUCUGUAUCUAAGGUAGUGCAUAGACUGCCCACUUAUGCAGGCUGACCAAAUGUCCCAGUUUUUCUGGGACAACCCCGAUUUUCACAUACAUCUCCUGGUGUCCUGAGGAAGUCAUUUGGGACACAUAAUUGUUCUGGUUUUUAAUCAAGUAAUAAAAUGUGUCCAAUAAUAUUUCUUGUUUAAUUAAAUACUUGUGGAAAACAAGUUUCCUAGAAUAUAUAUUUUCACAGUACCCUCUAUAAGCCCACCACAUUUAGUUUAACUCGUCUUUUGCCCAAAUAAAGAAUAAAAUUUAUGUUGAAAAUAAAAGCUGGCAUUACCUACCCCUGCCUCUAACUUGCCAACUUUUGAGUUUAUGGUACUCAAGACAAGUAAACCAAAACCAAAGAUGGUUUAAAGCAGCAUCAUUUAAAUGAUUUCUCGUAACAUGACUGCAGCUAUGUGGAAGUUAAUAUUGUGAAAAAUGUGAAUGAUGUGGCAUGUGUUAGCAAUCCUUAUUGAAUAUUGCUUGUCAUAUAUGCAUACUUGUUCCAACAGCCUGCAGCCAAACUAAACCUUAAAUUUGAGCAUGAAAUGUAUAAUUUGUAUCUGAUUACUGAUUACCAAUAUUAUAGAGUUUUUAGGAUUAACAAAUUGUACCUAAAUAAUAAGUACCUAGUAAGUGACUAAAUGUUACAGAAAAUAUAUCCAAGUUAUUACAAUAAGAAA